UAUUUUCAGUCACAAUUGAUCUGAAACAGAUAAAUAAAUAUAUGGAAGACAUCUAAAGCAGAGUAUAUGAGAGCCAGUCACUCGUGGAGCCUAAAUGGAAGGGUUUUUGUCUCUCGUAAACAGGAUUGUGUUGCUUCUUCUUGUAGCUUCGUCUGGACUUGGAAAAUGCUGCCAUGCUUACAGUUACAGCAGGAGUGAUUUCCCGGAAGGUUUCGUUUUCGGAGCCGGGAUAUCUGCUUAUCAGUGGGAAGGAGCUGUUAACGAAGACGGGAGGAAGCCUAGCGUUUGGGAUACUUUCCUUCACUCUGGUAACAUGGAUAACGGAGACAUAGCUUGUGAUGGAUACCACAAGUACAAGGAAGAUGUGAAGCUUAUGGCCGAAACUGGCUUACAUGCAUUCAGAUUCUCCAUCUCUUGGUCUAGGCUUAUUCUCAAUGGAAGAGGUUCCAUAAACCCGAAAGGUCUACAGUUCUACAAGAACUUCAUCCAAGAACUUGUGAGACAUGGAAUUGAGCCACAUGUUACACUUUGUCAUUACGAUCAUCCUCAGUAUCUCGAGGAUGACUAUGGAGGAUGGAACAACCGCAGAAUCAUCAAAGACUUCACUGCUUAUGCAGAUGUUUGCUUCAGAGAGUUUGGGCGCUACGUCAAAUUCUGGACCACGAUCAACGAGGCUAAUAUAUUCACUAUUGGAGGUUACAACGAUGGGAGUUCACCGCCUGGUCGUUGCUCCUUCCCGGACAGAAACUGCUUGUUAGGGAACUCUUCCACUGAAACAUAUAUCGUCGGCCAUAACUUGUUGCUUGCGCACGCCUCUGUUUCAAGACUAUAUAAGCAAAAGUACAAGGAUAUACAAGGAGGUUCCGUAGGCUUUAGCUUAUUUGCAAUAAAUUUUACUCCUUCGACAAGCUCCAAGGAUGAUGAAAUCGCAACGCAAAGAGCCAAUGAUUUCUACCUAGGAUGGAUGCUUGAGCCGGUUAUAUACGGAGACUAUCCUGAUGCGAUGAGAAAAACCGUUGGAUCAAGACUGCCAGUUUUUUCAGAGGAAGAAUCAGAACAAGUUAAAGGCUCAUCUGACUUCAUGGGAAUUAUUCACUAUAUUACGGCUUCUGUGAGAAACAACGAAAUGAACCCAUCACUUUCAGAAAUCAAAGAUUUUACCUCAGACUCGGGCGUAUCUAUUAAUAUUUCUUCUCUGAAGGACAAGUAUGUUGGUUCUCCAUGGGCUAUGGAAGGCAUCCUGGAGUAUAUAAUGCAGCGCUAUGGCAAUCCUCCUGUCUACAUUCUUGAGAAUGGUAAAAACAUGAAACAAGAUUUGGAACUGCAACAGAAGGACACACCAAGGAUUGAGUAUUUAGAUGCUUACAUUGGUGCAGUGCUGAAAGCCGUUAGGAAUGGAUCAGACACGAGAGGCUACUUCGUAUGGUCAUUUAUGGAUUUGUACGAGUUACGAACCGGAUAUGAGAAUAGUCUCGGAUUGUACUCUGUCAACUUCAGCGACCCCCAACGCAAGAGAUCUCCCAAACUCUCUGCCCAUUGGUACUCUGGUUUUCUCAAGGGCAAAACCACCUUUCUUGGUUCCCAAGGCAGCAUGCAAUCGAUGAGCAACUUCUCGUCUUCCUCCUAGUACCACGGUUGCUGUUAAAUAUGAUAUAUCCGGUUCAGUAUAUAGAUAGAUUCUUUCACAAAAAAAGAUCAUUAAAGUUGUGUGAUAAGAGCCAAAUAAUUCAGCUUCAAACUCGUACCGAAACAUUUGAUAUAAGAAAGAUAUUUAAGCAAAAGCUUCCCUUUAACCCAAA